AUGUCUGAUUCAUCCAAAGAGUCCUCUGGUCCUAGGAAAAAUGAUCGAGCCAUCACGCUAUUAGAUAAACAUAUUAAUCAAAAAUCAAAAAUGAAAUCAACUUCAAAUUCAUCCCCUAUAGUACUCACACAAUGGUUUAAUUCUCAACUACCUGCACCACCGUCAACUUCACCUGUAUCCGUACAGACACAUAAAGCUGCUAAUGAUGUGUCCCCAACGCCCAAAAGGCGAAGAGUGAAUAAUAUGGAUCAAACAUCUUCUACAGUACCCCAUCUCGAUCUAAGACGAUUUGAACUAAAUAACGACACUAGAUUAGAAAGAUCGACUUCAGAAAGUAAUUCAGCUUCUCCAAUUCGUAAGACAGUAGCAUUUUCAGACAAGAUUGAAAUAGAAUCAUCUCCAACUCAAACUCUACCCGAAUCGUCUCCAAGACAUCCUCCAUCAUCAGAUCGUAAACCACCAUCUAAAUCAAUUCUAAGGAAUAGCAAAACCCCAUCUUCACCAGUCAAAUAUAAUACAAUUAAAGCCAGUAGUGAUGUGACAUAUUCUAAAACAGUUUCGAACAAUUUAGCGGCAUCCAACGCUGGUGUCGCAACAAACGAUUUCCUUCAUGCCGAUCCAAGAAAAGUUGAAUAUUGGGCAGAUGGAGAAAUCCAUAGUUUAUUAUAUCCUAAUAAUAUCAAAGAAUUUAGAGAUAUUAUUGAAGGUGGUAUAAGUUUUUUAAAUAUGGGUUUGAAAAAGUUUGAAAUAUUUGCGACUUUUAAUAAUAUCAUUCCAAUCAUACCAAAUGGAUUUAAUGCCACAGAUGUUAUUGAUAAGAAAAUAGGUAUCAUCGUGGAAAAUCUGGACAAUCUGAUAAAAAUUCUGAUCUCGAAUCUGAAAGAUGAACAAAAAGAACUUUUGGAAGGGAAUGAGAAGAAAAAUCCUUUUACUUCAAGACAAUAUGUUCAAAUUAUUAGACUUCUGGGGAUUAUGUUAUCUAAUUUCAAAAUUAUAUGUUGGCUAGAUAAAAGGAAGCCAUUGCAAGUUAUGCUAAAGGAGAUAUAUAAAUUAUCUGAAGAAGCUUUGGUAAAUGAGAAUUCAAGUAAGGUGAUUAUAAUUUCUCAGUUAACAUUUUUAAAAGAUGAGAAGUUUAGUACUUAUUACCUAAAUAAAAAUGAAAUACUCAGAAUUAUUGACACCUUUACGAAAAUUAAAGAUUUAAAAAGUACUAAUUUAAUGAAUGAAAAAUUACUGUUAAUGAGAUGUUAUAUUAAUAAAUUCCCCAAACUAAUGAUACCCAAAAUAUCAGAUUGGUUACCUGGAGAACUUUUAUCUAAGAUUGUAUUAGAUGAGGAUAUGUACGCGAUCAAAAUAACACACACAUCGAUUGCCGUUCUCUUGGACUUAUUGAAGAAAUGCCUAGACGUUGAAGAAGGUCACCAAGAAAUAUUCAAAUAUGUUGAAGUAAAAACAUUGAAUGAAUCAGUUCCUGAAGGAACUUUGGAAAAAUUUAACUCCACAGCUGUUCUCAAUGAUCUAGAGAUUGACAUCAACAGUAUGACAUUAGGCCAGUUAUUAAGAAAUAAGAUAAAGUACUUAGUUUUGGUUCAGAAGGAUUAUAAAGUAGGUAUAGAUUUAUGGCUUGCCAUGGUAGGAUUAUUAUUCAACAAUAAAAAAAAUAUAAUACACCUGUUAGAUAAGGAUAAGACACAUGAUAAGAGUUCAGCAGAUUGGUUGAAUCUGGUUCAAUUAUGUUUCAAGAAUAGCGAUGGGAAAACUAAGCUAUUAUCAUUGAAAGUUUGGCGUAUUUUAACCUAUUGCAUUUGUACCCAUGUCACUGAACUUGACUCUGCUUACCAGAUUCCAUUAUUAAAUAUUCUCAAAAUUCCGUUAGAAAUCUCUAAGACUGAACAUGGCAAUGAUAACGUCCGUGAUGGUAUAAUAUAUUAUGUUACUGGUAUUAUAUAUACUGCAUUUUUGUUGUUACAAAAAAACUUGUCCUAUGAAACAUUUCAAUUUUUUUUUGAUAACUUAGUUAAACCAAUAUAUGAGAAUUUCAUCUUUAAUUCACCUAGUUUUCAUGUGCAGACACGUCUGUUAGGUAUAUUGCUGCAGCUACUGGGUGCUCCCCUCUUCAACUUAGUUUCUACUUCUAAACAUAUUACAUCAAAUGCGGGUAAAAGCAAGAAUAUAAGAAACGAUAAAAAAGUCAGUCCCAACAAUCCUGUAAAAGUCAUCGCAUCAGUCGGAAUAUCUAGAGAUCAUAUUGUACCAUUACCUACGCAUCUAAGUCAUCCCGGAUACACAUUGAUUUCUCGGUUAUUUUUGAAUUCGCUUCCAAUAAAUGCGAAGUUCCUAACCGUGAAAACUGAGAUUAUAUUAGACUUAAUAGCUCAAAUACCAGAUGAACUGAAAACUGAAGAAGUUUUCCAGGAAUAUAGAAAUAUUGUUGUCUCUUUGACAAAAUUAUACAAAACAUCCUAUACCACUAAAAAUAAAAACGAUGUUUUGUUUGAAUGUUUUUCCAGAUGUACUUGCCUGUUGGGUAAAACUUUCCCCAACAUCAUUCUCAACCCCAAGAGAGAUAUCUUCUCAAAGUACUUAGCAUCAUUUGAUAACCUGUUUACUGACAACGCUGAUAUGUUAAUUAAGUUAUUAAAGGAUAUUAUCAAAUACACUCGACCACAAAUAUCAGAAUUAACAGUAAUAGAGCUAUUUCUAACUAAUACAAACGACAAGAAUUCAAGAGAUUAUAUACAGAAUUGGGUUGGGUCCACUCUAUUAUCGCCAAUGCUAACUUAUCCCGAGUUUCAAAGUCUAACAAAUAUUGUUAAUAUGAUCCCUUCAUCUCAAAUUGUGGAAAAUUAUUUAGAUCUUUGUGUAAAGACAUCUCUUGCCCAGAAUCCAUGCACUACUUUAAAUAUCCGAAACUGGAAGGAUAAACAGUUAAUAUUCUUCAUCAAAACUUACAUUUCAAAAUGUUCUAAUAGAUUGGACGAUGAUAUAUUAGUCCUAUUACAUGAUGUGCUUCCUGAUAAUAUCGAUGUUUUUGAUUCAAUGGUACCGUUGCUAAUUCAGAUUAACCGAACUGAUCUCAUACGACAUUGUAUAGAAAAGAAACCUUCAUAUUUGAAUACACCUGCUAUUAUGAACUACCAUGAUCUAAGCGAAAUCUUACCAGAUGACAGGAAAUGUUAUUUGCUUAAUAACUUAAAGGAUUUUUCUGCUAUCGUCCAAUACAAGAUCAUUAUGUGGGUAGCGAAGACGGAUGAAUUUACGUUAUUUAAGAAAAACUACGUGAAAAUUGAAUCAUGCCUUUUCCUAGACGAACCGUGUAGCGAAAAUAUUCUUGAUAAGAAGGCUUUUAUUAAAGAGUUAUUUACGAUUUUCUACGAGAAACAAGCUUGGCAGUUGGUGGCAAUAUUAGUCGUUAGCUGUAUAAACCACGGGUAUGAAAGCAAUGCCACAGAAUUUUUGGCCAAUAUAGAUUCAAAUACACUAAAUUCCUUCCCUCCAAAAGCUAUUGCAACUAUAGUUAAUAGGUGUGGGUCGAUGAAUCCAAAACUGCUAUUAAUUCUGCAUCAGUUCUUUAGUAACAAAGAGAAAUUUUUCCUAUUAGAGUUAGUUUCAGAGCUUAUUUCAUUGAAGAAAAUAGACGCCUUAUUGUCGGUUUCGUCUGAGUUGAUAAACUUCUUUAUAGAUGAUCAACACAUUUUUACUGAAGAUGAACAAGGAAAGAGUAUUGGCAUACUUGAAAAGUUUUUAGCUCAACUUCAGAAAUACAACGAAAGAACCUCAUUUAACUUUACCAAAGAUCUCAUGUCAUCGUUACCAAAGUCCAAAACAAAAUAUUUAUCGAAACUAGCCAGUUGUGUUGGAAGUGCUCAAAAUUCCACAGUAGUAGGUGUAACGCAAGAAGAACUCAAACUAUUUUCACAAAAGUUGGAGGACUGCGAUAACCAAGAAGUAAAUAAAACUUUGGCAAUUGUGCAACCAAAGGCACAAUUUGUUGUCUCACGAGAUAUUCGUGAUGUUUAUACGAAUAAAAUUCAAGAUUCCGAUGAAAUUCAAGUACCGGCCACUCAAAAGGACGAAGAGAAAGAAAUCAUCGCAAUUGGGUCGCAAUCGCAAUCGAAUAACGAUCUUAACAAUUCAAGUAUUGAAGAAGAAAAUAAAAAUAAUACUAUAGUGUCUAAGAAUUUAGCUAUCGUCACAUCUAUUGAGACACCAAGUGGUACACAAAGCCAAGAAAUAAGACAACUCACUGGAAAUCAUCUUGAGAAUGAGUCGAAGGAAGUAUCAGACCUACCAGAAGUAUACUCCCCUUCGGAUACCGUUAAUAAAAGGAUUGAUGAUUCAUCGUUUACCCAAACGUUGGAUGAAGUCGAGGAUCCUGAAAACGUUAAUAUGAUACAGGCAAAAAGCACUCAAAUUGGUCCAACUACAGGUGACACACAGAUUAAUAACAUUUCAGAUACAAAUGCUGAAGCUCCUGAUCUUGAAGAUAAGGUAGAUGAAGAAAAACAAGAAGGUAGCUCAAACCUGUACACUGUCGGCAAUGUGGUACUACCUUUUGCUUGCAGCCCUGAGCAACGAGGUGUAGACAAUAUUCAACAAGGUGAAAUAAGCACCCUCUCGACAAGUAGAAAUUUAUCAAUCGAGGACACUGGUUCAUCUUAUUCGAAUCAAGAAAAGGGUGAAGAUGGUGCUUCCAAAUCGUCACGAUCCCCUCAUCGAGAAAUAGAAACUCACGUAGAAGAUGAGCAUGUCACUGUCCCCGAACUAAAUAUGCAUAAACAUAGUAUUCAUAUUAUUUCUAAUAAUGUAACCGAAAAUAUGGAACAACCUAGGAACAAAACCCAUAUCGAAGGUACUACAAUAUCAAAAGAAAAGAAAGGUUUGGAAGAUAUGACCGAGAACUCUUCGAUAGGAGAAGCCAAACUAGCGCUACCAAUGGCAACUAUUGUUGAUGAUCCACAAUCUCGAAGUACAAAUGUAGAUACUGAGGAACGAGAGAACUCGACAACAUCUAAGAGUAGUCAUCUUAUAGGAGCUCUCGAAGAGCAACAAGCUACUCAAGAUGACUUCGUCCUAGUCGAAGAACCGCCGAAGGAUACACUUCUAGAUGAACUGGAUAAGGAGAUUUCUCAAGAUAUGACAGAAACUAAUGCCUCAACUGCCCAUAAAGACGUAGUUCUUGAUUCACCAAUGCCUGCGAUACGUAUCCCUAUUUUCAAUACUUUGAAAAUUGGGAGUGGAAGAAUAGAAAAGAAAAAACAUACAAAAAUCGAUAAGGCUCUAAAUAAACGAUUAAACCUAGAUAGCAGUGCAAUUAUUCUACAUCAACAAGAGGAUGCUCCAUGCGAUGUCCCAAUCAUUACAAAAGAUCAUCUUCCAGAGGAAAUAGAUACUGUAACCAAACAGGCUCCAGCUUUUGGCAAUAUUCCAGUUAACAAUAUGGCGGAGGAAGUACCACUCGAGAAUGACUUACAAUCGUCUUUCGUGAUCGAUGGAAAAGAAGACGGAGAUGGUACCUCAAGGGACACAACACCUUCAUUGAGGAUGCAUUUUCCAUGUAGAAAAUCGCGUAAAUUAGUGAAUAGGCUUCGAACCUUUAAUCCUGAUGAACUUGCUUCGCUACCUGUUGAAGAACGUCGGAAUCUCAGGAUUGAAUUGUUAGAUUUCAUGAUGAAGUUAGAGUAUUAUACUGGAGAUAAAAAUAACUAA